GCGCGCCUUAGCUUCUCUGCAGUUCUCACCAACCCAACUAUUUAGUCAUUACCCCACUCGCCUCCGCAUUUCUCUUCCUGGUUGGAGAUGUCACCAAACAGUCUGCCUUGGCUUCUGCUGCUUCAGCUCUUGCUGCAUCUCGCUGAGAUCGCUGCCAAAGUCCCGGCAAUCAUCAUCUUCGGGGACUCGUCGGUGGACACCGGGAACAACAACUACAUACAGACCACCGCAAGGAGCAACUUCAAGCCUUACGGCCGGGACUUCAUCGGCGGUCAGCCCACAGGUCGAUUCUGCAACGGGCGGCUUGCGACCGACUUCAUCUCGGAAGCCUUCGGGCUCCCGCCGGCCGUGCCGGCCUAUCUCGAUCCCAAGUACGGCAUCAAGGACUUCGCCUCCGGCGUCUGCUUCGCCUCCGCCGGCAGCGGCUUCGACAACACCACAUCUGACGUGCUGUCCGUCCUAACUCCAUGGAAGCAAUUGGAGUUUUUCAAAGAAUUCAGUGGCAAGCUGAAGGCUUACCAAGGGGAAGCCCAGGCCCAAGAGACAUUGAGCGAGGCUCUGUAUAUUAUAAGCUUGGGAACUAAUGAUUUCCUCGAGAACUACUACAUGGUGCCCUGCGGCCGGCGCUCGCAGUAUACCGUGGAAGAGUACCAGGACUUCCUAAUCGGCAUUGCUGAAGGUUUCGUCAGGGAAAUCUACCAGUUGGGUGCUCGCAAAGUAGACCUCGCCGGCAUCCUUCCGAUGGGGUGUUUGCCGUUGGAACGAGCCACCAAUCCGAUGAUCGGGGCUUGCAACGAGAUGUACAACAAGGUGGCGUCGGAUUUUAACGGCAAGCUGCAGUUCUCGAUCGAAAAGCUUAACCGCGAAUUGCAUGGUAUCAGAAUCGUAUACAGCGAUAUCUACCAAGUUUUCUUGGAUGUCGUCCGGACGCCAUCGACAUAUGGAUUUGAGGACGCAGAAUCCGGCUGUUGCGCCACUGGAAUUUUUGAGAUGGGAUACUUUUGCAACACAAGGAGUGUGUUCACAUGCCAGGAUGCCAACAAGUAUGUCUUCUGGGAUGCGUUCCACCCAACCGAGAGGAUGAACCGCAUCGUUGCCGAUCAAGUGAUGAACGCUACUCUCGGCAUAUUUAAGUAAUGCAUGUAUUGCUGGAUUGGAGUGACACAUAUUACCAUGUAAAUCUAAUAUUAUUCUCAUCCGGAGUUAUAUAACCAUGCUACGUACGUGCAAUUACGUUUUUAUUCA